AGUCUUGGAAAAUUAACUUGGCCCAUUCGUUAUAUUGCGAGUAUUGUUCUUAGUGGUUAUAUAUUUUGUUUGGUUUCUGCCCAGGCCCCCUGCCAGCGCGAAAGUAGGUUAAUUGACGUGUGUUGUGGGCGUGUAUCUACGGGGGAAAUAAUAAAAAUAUAUACGUAACGAAAACAAAUAAGAGAGCUGCCCUCGGUGAAGUGGUCAAUUGCCCCAGCCAGAGGCUUCUGAACUCAUCUGCAGUACAUUCUAAGGGUGUGAGCGAGCCUUGGCCCGAGCUUAUUAAAGGCAGUCAACAGGAUACAGGAUACAGGAGCAGUAGCAGGAGCAAAAGCAGGAGCAGCCAAUGCAACCUGCACAGCAGACAUCAUUAGACGUGAAUAGCAACCACACAAAAUGCUGAUACUGCUGCCGCUGCUGGGGAUUUUUGGUAAUGCUCUCGUUGCUGAAGUCGAGGCCAGUCUGAGUCUGGGCUUUAAGGCCAUCAAAUUGCCCAGGCAUCCCAAUCCGGCCAAUUGCAGCGUGGGCAACACAACAUUCGCACAUGGAGUCACAUUUAAAUUGGAUUGUAAAACUCAAUGCGUUUGCGAGAAUGGCCGCCACGCCUGCUCGACUCUAUGUCCCAACGAGCAGCUUCCGGCGCCGGAGGAUACGAUUUCCUGCCGAUCGCCGCGCCUGGUCGAAGUUCCCGGCCACUGUUGCAAGAUGUGGCUCUGUGAGAAUCCAACAGCUGAUGUCUACGCCACCUGCCACAACAGCACUACCAGCGGCAACUGGACGGACUGCAGCAGGAGCUGUGGCCUUGGCACUGCCACGAGGCACACCUCCACGCACGCAGGAUGCCAUCAACUGAGCAAUUUGCGGCUCUGCGAGAAUCGCAGGUGCGACAAGGAUGACUUUGUGGACAAUAAAAGGAGCGGAAGCGGAAGCAGCAGCCAUAGUAGAAAUUGGAGCCACCACCCAUUAACGCCUAACCGAAAGAUUCACCACUCUAAGACCAACUCCCACUCCCACUCCCAUCAUCAUCAUCAUCAUCCUCAUCAUCAUCAAACGCAGCCUGCCCACAGGAUACGAAAGGGCCACGAGUGCCGCAGCAUCCAGCGCCUGGGUCCGGCAAGGAUCCGGCUGGGCGAGUGCAUAUCCCGUAAGCUGUAUCGACCGAAGCUCUGCGGGCGCUGCCAUCGCGGGGUCAAGUGCUGUGCCCCGGCGGUCUCCACCACGAUACAGGUCGAGCUGUUGUGUCCCUUAAAUGCUGUCGAUCCAAUUAACUACGUACAACAGCGGGAAAAGGCCAGAAAAAGGCAACUGAAGGAGCAGCAGAGAUCCAAGGAUGAGGAUGACUACUACAAUGAUGGGGAGGAGGGAGUGGAGGAGGCGCAGGCGGAGGCGGAGCAGGAGCAGGAGGAUUUGCCGGAGAAUGCACAGUUAUGGGAUACGGUCGCCUUGGAGCCAAUCGAUCAGGAAUUCCUGCAAUCACAUCAGAUACAAAUCGAGAAUAAAUUCAUUGCCGUCGAAUGGAUACUGAAAUGUGAAUGCAGCAGAAAUAAUUGCAACAAGGACAAGGGCAACAACAGCAGCAACAGCAACAGCAACAUCAACACCAACGACAACAACAUGUCUAACACAAAUAAAUAUGGUUAUUACAAUUUCGAAAACACUCACAAUGGCGGCCGGAACCACGAAAAUAAUGGCGAACCAAAUGAGGCUAAAAACAACGAAGAGAAUGUGGCUGCGGCUGUGUCAGACAGCAACGACAAGGAUAAUAAUAACAACAAGAACAUGGAUAGCGACCGCAAUGAGGUGAACAACUCGUCCUCGGAACAACAACCGGAUAUUAUACCAUAUCCUUUGGGCGUGGGCGAGUCCAGUUGGAAGGCCGAAAAGCUUCGGGAGCAGAAGCACUAUCAGCAGGAGCAACAUCAACAUCGCUGGCAGCCACACACAUAGCGCAAAGGCAUCAACAACAUUGCCCAAUAAUACAAUAUUCUGGCUCUGAUCUGAUCCAGAGGAUAUCUAGGAAGGCAUAUAUAGACUCUAAGAUUUGUACAGCAUAGCGAUACUUAAGGCCACCCCCAUUGGUUCCCAUGGAUGGUUGAGAUUGUAAAGGAAACAAAUAAGCGUUGGUUUAGGAUUUGAACAUAUCGAGGCAGUAAGUUUUAGAUAUGUGAACGAUAUAAUAGGGUUAGGAUUAAACCAAGGGCGUAAGGAACAAAAAGAAAAACUGCGAGUGGAACACAAGCCGAAUAUUACAAAUAUUUUUGCAAGCAUCUAUACACAACAAAACGCGAAAAAAACGUAAAUAAAAAAU